AUGUCAACAACAGAGAACACAACAACAGUUAUAGUCCAUGAAGCUAUAAAUGAAGAAUACGAAUACAUACAGUUUAACAAACAACUCCGUCUCAUUCGUUCGGUCAAAGACGAUAUGUACCAAAUGCAAAGUAUUUUGACAGCAUGUUUUGCUCCAGACACUAAGCUUCCUAAAGACUGGUUUAGGAACCAAAGCACACAAGAACUUUUGAGCGAAGCACAGCGAGACAUACUUUUUUCUGAAAACAGUGAAGAACAGCAAGGAGGUAAAAAACCCCAGUUGCCAAAACUCUAUGAAAACAGUGAAGAACAGCAAGGAGGUAAAAAACCGGUCUUGCAUAAAACACAUGAAAAUCGUAAAAAUUUGCCAAUAAAUUUAAGAGGAUAUUAUGUACAUAGACUUCUUGUAAAUGCUGUUGCAAUGUGGGCUUCACCUCGUUAUGCUUGGUAUAUUUACAGACUUCUUGACGAAAUUCAUAGACAAGAACGUGAAGAGAUGGAAAAGAAACUUCAUGCAAAAGAUGAAGUCAUUGAAGCAAAAGACAAAAGCAUUCAGAAAAGAAUACCACGUUCGGUACCAAAAGGUAAGGAAAAGAACUAUAAGUAUAUGAUUUAUACUGAAGAGAUGGAAAAUGAAGAAGAUAAAGAUAUGGUUAUGUUGCAUUUAGUCAGAAGAAACAACAAAAGCUUUUACGACCUUGCUAAGAUUUACAAAUCUGACAGAAAUUGGUUCUAUCGCGAAAACUUACCGAUUUCAAUGACACCGAAUGAAGAUGUGAAACAAAUAGUUCAAGAUACUUUACCUCAAACACACUAUGAUAUGAAAGGUUGUACAAUACUUACCUUCAAAGAAGACUUACCGCUACUGAAAGAAAAAAUAACAGAGUAUUUUGACAACUUCAAACAAGUAGGGUAG